GGUUUGGCUAGAGUCCACCGAGGGAGUGAGCGGGCGGGCAGGCGAGCCCGCAGCCCGCUGCCCGCAGCCCAGAGUCUGCAGCCCGCUGCCCGGAGUUGGGAGGCAGCAGCCGCGAGCUCGCCAGGGCCGCAGCGGGGCGAGAGGUAUACAGGGCGUUGGCAACGGGGAGCGCGCCUGCGUCGCUGACUUGGAUGCGGCGAGAACGCUCCUGCGUUCUGUGCGCUGGAUGCGAACCAUUCAACAGCUGGCCUCGCGGGCAAGAGUCACGGGGAGCUACGGCGGCGGCUGGAGGGAGGCGACAGAGUCAGUGGCGAUGGUGGUGACAGUCUCGCUAUCCCAGCAGAGCCCAGAGUGGAGACGCAACGGCUCCUGAGGCUCCCGACUCAGUUUUUUGAGGGUGAUUCAUCACUGUGACCCCCAAAGUGUCUAACAGAGCAGGAGCUUGUGUUUUCUGCUUAGAAUGUCAAAACACAGUGGUCUUGAUGAAGGAUUCCUAUGAAUUGUGACCUCUUUGAUCUUUCUCCCUUGAUCGAAUUUUUGGCACAAGAUAUCAGGUGGUCAGAGGACACCAUGACGGUCACAGUGGUAUAUGAUAACUCUGAGGCAACAGAGCUCUGUGCUGCUCAGCACCUCUACCUCAAGCCCAUAGCAAAACUGAUGAUCAAUGUACUGCUCCCAGAAAGUAUAGAACCUGUGAGACCCGUCUCCAACUGGGAAGUUCUUGACCAACUAAAGAGUCUCAUUUGCCCUGACCAGUUUACCACAGUUCGGCUCUCUAAAAGUACAAAGGACUUCAUUCGAUUUGAGGGUGAGGCUGAAACCCGAAGUUUGGUUCAAAUCCUGAAGGCAAAGUUACAUGGGAAGAUCAUCAAGCUAAAUGGUUUGAAAACAGACUUAAAAGUAGUGGCUACAGAUGCCCAGGGAGAGUGGGAUCACUUCCCUAAGGAAAAAGAGGCCUUAUUAAGUGAUGGAGCUGAAGAGCAGGACCAUGAUAAGAGCCCAGAUUCCAUAUAUUUUGAAGGCUUGCCCUGUAAAUGGUUUGCAGCUAAAGGUUCCAGUGGGGAGAAGCCAUGUGAGGAGAUCCUUCGGGUAGUCUUUGAAAGUUUUGGGAAAAUCAAGAAUGUGGAUAUACCUAUGCUUGACCCCUACAGAGAAGUGAUGACUGGUGGGAGCUUUGGGAGUUUUAGCUUUGGUCUACAAACAUUCGAGGCCUUUAUCCAGUACCAAGAGUCAACAGACUUCAUAAAAGCCAUGGAGUCACUUCGAGGAAUGAAGCUGAUGCUUAAAGGAGAUGAUGGAAAAGCUCUGGCAUGUAAUAUCAAGGUAAUGUUCGAUACAACCAAACACUUCAGUGAAGGAGCUAUAAGGAGGAGAAACCAAGAAAGGCUAAAAUUACAACAGCUGGAGGAAGAAAAAAGAAAAGAGAAGAGAAGAGAAGAGGAAGUAGCUGAAAGAAAAAGAAAAGAGGAGAGGAAAGCCCAGGAAAAAAGGAAGAAGGCCAGGGUCAGGAGGAGAGCUCUGAAGGAAAGGGGAAGCCACCAGCAGAGGAAACAGAGGGUGAAAACCAAAGCUGAAAAGCUUCAGAAGCUGGAUUCUUCAGAGGAGUGGGAGGAGAGGAAACGGCUGCUGGCUCGGAGACGGGUGGAAGCCCUUCGGUUGCUCCGUGUUCUCCUAAGGAAAAUUUCAGGAUCCAAACAGAUUGGGCUAAAGGAGACUGAUGUUACAGACCCUGAAGCUAAUCGUGCUCCAGGGAACACAAUGAAAAUUUGGAAGGAAAAAGAGUCAAAUGCUCAGCUUCUUCCAAAUCAAGAAGAAAUGCCAGUAUAUCAGGUUGCCAAGUCCAACAAUAAACAAAAACAAAAAGUGAGGAAAAGAACUAGGGAUAGCUUAAGUAAAUCUUCCCGUUGUCUUCGGAGAAAAAAGUUAAGAUACUCAACUCAGAAAGAGAGAACCAGAAAAUUAUUAACAGAUAGUCACAAUUACAGUUUGGUCUCUGACCAGAAUUCCUUGCAGACCACAAUGAUUCCAGGUCAGUCUCUUAAAAAGGAGGAGCAGCCCAGUUCUCCUAAAUCCUCUUCUUCCAGAUUACCUGAGAGAGACCAUGACAGGAAACAGAAGAUCUAUGAAACUGAUGAGUUUAUUGACUACUUAUUAAAUUAUUAUCAGACUCCAAAAUAUGCUCGCAUCUGCCCUGAUGAAGCAAGUCACAUAGAAAGUACAUGUCAGUGGCAGAGGGAUGUCUGUGUUAAAGGGAAUGGAUUUCAGAUCAGUUUGAGAAAACAUAAGGAACCUUCAACCAAUUUGAGCCAAAUGGAAAACCUGGAAAGGGAAGGACAUGUCCAGGAAGAUGAUUGCUGGUCAAUGGUAUGCAUGCAGGAUCCUGAGCACAAAUCACAAAAGAUAGAAAAAGUGGAUUAUACCAAAGACUAUACUAAGAUAUUUAAAAAUGAUUGCAAGGAUACAGCCAGUGAAGCUGGUGGUCAACUGUCCCCAAAUGAUGCAAAGUGGGAUCUUUUGGAAAAGACUCAUGCUCACCAGGCCAGUGAUUCCACAGUGAGCCCUGAAAUUUCUUCACCUUGCAGGUCAGUAGAAGUACAUUUACAGUUGACAGAUUUCUUAGAGGAAAUAAGUAGUGAUUCUGAGUGCUUCAGCGAGACUUUUAACUUAAAUGAAGAGGAGAAAGAAGAAUCUGUGGCUAUAUAUCAUAGCUCCCCUAAAGAAGAAACUCUUGCCAGUGAAGAAAUCAUCAUUUGUGAGCAAAAAUCUGAGUCAAGUCAGCAUUCCUUGCAUUCAGAGUGGAAACAUAAUGGUGAAGGAAAAUACUCUAAAUACAUACUUAGGACAUCAGGCAAGAGGUCCAAGUAUGAACCGAGUUGUUCAUGGCUUGAGGAUGAAAGCAAUUCUAUUAAAGAUGAGAAGAACAACAGCAAAAAGAGGGGAAAAAAACCAUCGAGCUACUUUUUUGACGAAAGCGGCUACGAUAAAUCCAAGUCCAAUGAUCAAUUAGCAGAAAUCACAAGGAAGAAGAGGAGGGAUAGUGGUAGCAUAUUGGACCACAGAGUGAACGAUAGACCCUCUCAUGUGCCAGUAACAUCAUCAAAAAGUGAUAAUGAUUUCUACUUGGGAUAUUUUCCCGAAAGAAGAACAAGUUCUUGGAAGUCAGAAUAUAGUCAGGGUGCAAGAAGGCUUAAAAAACGUGAGAAUUCUAAAGAUUUCAUGCCCAGAUCUGACAGCUAUUACAGUAGACCUAACGGUCACAAGCAUAUUCAUUGUGGAAGCUCUUUAGGAAACAACGAUACUAGCUCUUUAUCUUUUCAAAUGUUUUGAUGCCAAUUUGAUCAGGAACACCCAUAUUUACAAUCAACAACUCAUAAACAAAAAAUUUAAAAUCAAAUAUAGCUAUGUAGUUAGCUACAACCGAGCAAAAGCUCGUGCAGGGUCAAAUGCAAAACCUUGCCAAAGUUUAAAGCAUAGAUCAAAAUGACUGCAGGUGUUUUGGCAAGCUUUGGAAACAUAAAACCUCUAGAUUCUGAAGCUUAGCCAAACAAUGUACUUGCAAAACUUCAAGAAUAAACUUUUUUUUUAACAGCUUUAAUUUGGUGCCAGUGAAGGAGCAGAUUAACAUUGAGGUAGCCCUCUGUGGUUCUUUAGCUGUCACAUCAUCAUCAUAAUUCAUCUUUAAAAAUGACAGUAGUGAAUGAAUAAGGCUCCUUUUGCAUGUAAUACUUUAUUGACUUUUAUUUAAUAAUUGUAGAUAAAAAGAGGUAACAGCUAGAACAUGUAACAGACAUCUUUAUGACAUUAAAGAAUUUCAUGAGCACUCACCAUAAGUAAAUUAAUCUUUUUGAUGUGUUCAUGGUAGUCAAAGAAUUGUCCUUUUAGAGACAAUGUUUUGGAAGUAUCUGAAAGGGGCUAGGCUUGUCCUUUGAGGUCAGGGGCUCAUUAGAGGAGUUUUAAAACAUGAUCCCCAUGUCUUUCCAUCCUAGAAAAGUAACAGGAUUGAAGUGAUAUAACCAGGGAUGUUUCCCAAAGAAAUUUUGAAAGGUCCUGAGGCACCAGUAACGGCACUUGGGAAGAGAGGAUAUGACAGGUAUUCCAUUUCAAGUUAUGUAAUCCUUUCACUCAGGGUUGGGUGACAUCAGUUUGUAUAAAGUCACUGAAUAGCCCCAAAAUGACUUUUAUAAAAUAGUAACAAGUGCCUCCUAAAUCCUCAGUAGUGCCACAGAGUUAGGCAGAUUUAAGAGAAAAGGCCAUAGUUUUCUAGCUGUGGAAAAAUUGUAUGUAUGCAGGAUUUGUAAACUCUAACAUAAGCGAUUUAUCUUUUUACUUACUCAUUUUGAAUUUCUUAAAUAUGUUUUUAAAUUGAGAUAUUUUAUAGAUUCUUAAAGAUUUACCUCUUAGUGCAGUGCAUGUUGUAUAAAAAGCUUGGCUGAUUUAUUCUGCCUUAUAUUGGAUUUAGGGCCUCAGGGGCAGUAAAUGUCUUUAUUUUCCCAACAAAGCUAUACCUGACCUAGCAUUUGAAGAUAUCAGUUGAGAUUCAAAAUUGCCUGCAACAGGAAAAAGUGAUUUUAAUCCACAGAAGCAGUGGAGAACAACAUUUUCAUGUGACACAAUUCAUUUCACAGACUUAAUUUGAUAUUCUGUAGAAACACACUAGCUAAUAGAACCAGGUAGGAUGCCAGUCAGUGUGGCUGUCCAGAAUAAUGCCACACGAUGUUUGCCCAUAACCCAUCUCUUGAGCAACCUGGAAUCUGAAGCAGUUACAGAACCUCAUUUACCUAAAGUACAAACCACAAAUUGUUUCAUUGAUCUUUCUAGUCACAUUUUAAUAGAGGUAGUCAGAACACGGAAAACCACAGAAAUGAUUGUAUCAUCGAAGAUCGUGGUUCUUACUAGUAAGAUAAGAACCUAUUAUUAGCCCUCUUGUGUUCCAUUCCACUUUCAAGCCAGUGACUGUGCAGUCAAAACUAGGUUUGACUUCUGAGAUAUGAAAAAUUUCUCAUGGGGCGAGUGCCUUGUCUACUCUGAGGACUGGCAGUGACCAUUCGUGUUCAAAGUACCAUCAUCCACAAUAGCCUUUUAAACUACUAACUGCUGGUAUUUUAUCAGAAAAUUGUCUGUUAACUAGGUAUUAUUCACCAGUGAAAACCUGUCUCCUUAUUUUUUCAUGUUUUAUGCCAGUGAAAUAACAUUAUGGAUUUGUUUUGAAAAGCAAUUUAUGCUUCUGAAUUUUUUAAAAUGGUGCUUGGGAUGGAACCCCUACUACUGAGCUGCAUCCACAAGCCCUUCUUCUGUCCUUCCAUAAUUUUCUUUUAUAAGUUCUUUUGGCAUGAAAUAAUUUGUUGCUCAGUAAAAAAAUAAAAAUAAAUUACAGAACACAGUAUGUGUAUUUUUUUUUGUAUAAUAGAAUUGGUGCUAAGUCAUUUUUAUGUAACAGUCUUGUUUGAUUCAUUUGCUAAAAACCAUCCUCGGAGUUAGAAGAAAUAAAAAUACUGGUUUUAUGUUGACAUUAUGAACAACUCUGGAUUUUUAUAUCCAUCUUGCAGUAAAGAAUUCUAGAUUUGGGUCAGCCUUUUUUUCAUGUGGGCCUUCAAAAGUUCACCGUACUUCUCAAUCGAAUGGUUUAGUAACGAAUGAAACAGAAUUGAAAACAUUAUAAUCGUUUUCUCUUAAUACACUCUUUGUUGUGCUGUUAAGUGGAAUGAAUGUAUUUUCUCGUAUCUUUUUUGUACUUUAUUAAGUAAGGGCCUGAAUUUUAAACUGGCUUUUAAAAUAGGUGUCCCCAUGUUUUUCAUUGUAUGUGCUGCUGCUAAGUGUUGUAAGAAAGCUAAAAAUUUGUCAAUGUUUUUAAUCAGUUCAUUUAAAUUUCUCAGGUAGAAGGUGCUGUAACCUGGUAAUACCGAAAACAGAACCAAAUAAAUAUAUUUUUAUUUGUUGCAAA